AUGCAGUCCUUCGGGCAAAAGGAACAGCCAGCGGGCACUCCGGUGUAUAGGCCCGGCUUCCAAGCCCUACAUGAUACGAAGCCAUAUAAGUCGACCAAUACUACCCCUGUGGGCAUUCCUUCAAAACGAAUCCCACGUACUCCAGUGCGGCGAGAACCCCGUUCCCGGACCCCAUCCAAAUCCAAAGCCUCAUCGCCAUCACGUCGGUCUUCUUCUGCCUCCUCAAAUGAGCGCCAAAUUCCAACAGCGGUGGCCUCGAUCCUGGAUGCAACAGCGAUUCCAGUACCACGGCGAACUUGGUCUACUCGACGGCCGCGCAAACUUCCCCGGGGUAACAAUGUGGAGGAGUUUAGCCGGUUGAUGCAGGAGGGAGUUAAACCGAAGGAGGAUUAUUUGGCAGGCGGAACGGGAAACUCUCCAUUGGAUAUCCUGCUGAGUCCACCGGACUAUAGCGAAAAGUAUCUGGACUCCGAAUCCGAACCCCCGUGCUCUGCUAGAUCCAUAUCAAGUGAUUCUAUGCCAUCACUGGCCCACGAUCUCGCAUCGCCAUCGAGCAUUUCUCAGCCUCCUACGCCUGGAAGUCAGAAGAGUCCAUCCGAGAGACGACAGCUCCGUUAUUCUCCAGCUACCGACUGUGUAUUUGACCAUCCUCUUCUCGAAAAAGAGAUUGAGGAAGGCGAGUUCAUUGACUUCAAGACACACGAUGAGCCAGAAAUACCUGAUGUGACCCCCGUGAAACGAUCUGCCUCGUCUCGAUCCUUCCCGCGCCUGCGAUCUUCCUUCAAGUCAAACCUGACCGCAUCCUUGCGCGCCAUCAAAUCGGCAGCGCAGUCUGUUUCCACCUUUGCGACCCCAUCAGUUCAACCAGAAGAUUUCCUCACUCGAUCUCUCUUCGCCAUCACACCUGAGCUGACUGAUGAUCGUCGUCCUCCACCAAUGCAGAAUCCGCCCUCCCCAGCACUACGGCGGUAUCUGAACCCAACCCCGAUCUCUCCAGCCGAGAUGUACGUCUAUCAUGAUCAUCCACAUGACACCCGCGAAUCAACGCAGGCUUGUGUGUCGAUUCAAAUGCAGACCUACCGUCGUUCUCGCGGUCGGGGCCACCGACGCAAUCAUUUCCAUGUGGUACCUAAGCAGAAUCGUGACCAGUACUACACAUUUGAUCCAGAGGUGCCACCUAUGUCACGCCAGCGUGAACCCCGAGAGAAUAGCGAUUUUCUCCGCAUGGUCGUUCUAGAGAUGAACAUGCGACGCAGCGGCAAGCUUCGUGAAGAUAUCCCCACCCGGGCUCGCAUCUGGCUGCCCGCUCGCAACAGCAGUCCUUAUCGCCUGUCUGGAGAUUAUGAAGACUGCGACGACAACAAUACUAUUCCAUCUCGCUGGGUCGGAGUCUCAGCAUAA